UGCCGGGGCAACGGGAGAAAGGUGCGCUGUAGGAGCGGGGACGACCCCGGGAAAACUGACGUGGGCCCAACCAGACGGAACUCCCCUCCUCACCAUCCAGGAGACUGCUGCCGCUGCUGCUGCUGCUGCUGCUGCGGAGAUGGUGUCAUUUGUGACCGGUGAAUGUGGCACCGAGACUGUAUACAAACGGAGACGGACAACCGGCGCAUCUCCUCCAACAGAAGCGCGCACACCGACCCAGCAGCGGCAGACUGCCCGGUACAGGAAGCAGACACUCAUGUCCAAGUUGAGUGACUCCGGUUUUGAGGAAGACUUGGGAUCCUCCCCGAUUUCAACCUCGGCUCGGUUAGAUGCGUCCCCGCUCCGGUCAGACGAGCCUCCUGCAGGACAGCUCUCCAGCUGGUACCUGCAGUACGGUGACAUCGGGUUCAAGAUCCAGAGGGAGAAAGAAGCGCAGUUUCAUCCCUGCAAAAGCUUGGCCCGACAGCCACAACUGACUCCAGAGGCACGGUGUAAGCUCAUCAGCUGGCUCAUCCCUGUGCACAAACAUUUCCGUCUGUCCUUUGAGUGUUGCUGCCUGGCAGUGAACAUCAUGGACAGGUUUAUGGCAUCCACGCCGGUAGCUGCCGACUGCUUCCAGCUACUGGGUGUAACUGCGCUCCUGCUGGCCAGUAAACAGGUGGAGGUUUGCUCGCCGCGGAUCAGCCAUCUCUUGUCAUUGUGCUGCGAUGCCUUCAACAAGGAGCAGCUCUGCAACCUGGAGUGUCUCAUCCUCCUGCGUCUCAACUUCCGCCUCGCUGCACCCACCCUCGCGUUUUUCCUGGACUAUUACACUAACUGCAGUGAGGCUGCGCAGCUUGAGACUGAGAACACAGGUGGUGACAGGUUUGCAGUUAUGAAUCCAGACACAAAAAGAUCCGGGCAGUGCAGCAACCUCGCACGAAAGGUGUGCGAGCUGAGUCUGGCAGACUAUGCUUUCAACAAAUACCCACCAUCUCUGACUGCUCGCUGUGCACUGAGGCUUGCCAGUGAGUUACUGGAAACUGAAGAAGGGCUUGUUGAGCAUGUACCCAUCCAGUCACAGGACGACCAGCGGAUGGUGGAUGAACUAUGUGUCCAACCAUCUGGGAGCGCUGAGGUGGACUCUUUGGCAGCGAAGAGCCACUUCCUGUCUGUGAAUCAUGGCAGCUACAACCACAAUCUGGUCCAGGAAUGUAAAGACAAUCUGAAGCUGUUGGUGUCAUUAAAUCAGGAGACACUGGAAGUGAUGUCAACCAUGUGA